UUUAGGUGCUUGUUUUAUUCGUGUCGUUGUGGAUAGAGUGUGUUCGAACGUCUUUUGCAUUUCGCGGUAGUUUGCUUAACCUUCAAGGUUGGGAAAUUACAUGUGAAAGAAUGAAAGCAAACAUGUCAUCUGUCAGCUAGUAUAGCGUGUGGUACGUUGUCAGUAUCAUUUCAGUGGAAGUUUGCUGCAUGUGAAUUGUGGUUAUGUACAUACCCAAGGAUCAAGGCACUUACUUGCUGCAUGUGGAGUGAUUAACGAGCUGAUUAGAUAAGCUACAUUAAGUAUUGGUGAAUGCAGAGGACCAGAAACCAUCUGAGAGAGCAGCCCUGUUUAGCUGCAGACCAAUGUGCACCAUGAAGAGAACGCUACUCGGGGGAACUGAGGAAUUGUGAAGGCUUUAAUGAUUACACUUUGAAGCUUCCAGCUGCACUUCUUUGGAAAAAAUGCCUGUCACAAAUUCAGAGUCUAACAAAGCUAUGCAACAGGUGCUGGAAAACCUUAAUGAGCUUCCCACAACAGCAGGAGCAAAAGAAAUAGACCUCAUUUUUCUCAGAGGUCUGAUGGAAAGUCCAGUUGUGCAAUCGCUUGCUAAGGCACAUGAUCGAUUAGAAGAUUCUAAACUAGAAGCAGUGAGAGACAACAACCUGGAGUUGGUAAAUGAAAUUCUUGAAGACCUCAGUCCACUGUCAAUCAAAGAUGAUAAUGUUGCAGAGUUGUCGCGGAUUCUUAGUGAACCUCAUUUCCAGUCCCUCCUGGAAGCUCAUGAUGUUGUGGCAUCAAAGUGUUAUGAAACGCCUCCCUCUAGUCCAGAAGUAAAUGACAUUGCUGCAAACAAUCAAAUCAUACCAUUAGAUGCAAUUCGCAUGGUUGGUAUCCAUAAGAGAGCAGGUGAACCUCUGGGUGUUACAUUUAGAAUCGAGAAUAAUGACCUUGUAAUAGCAAGAAUUCUCCAUGGAGGAUUGAUAGAUCGUCAAGGUCUUCUUCAUGUUGGAGAUGUAAUUAAAGAGGUCAAUGGACGUGAAGUUGGAAACAAUCCAAAAGAACUACAGGAGGUGUUGAAAAGUGCCAGUGGUAGUGUCACACUGAAGAUCCUUCCUAGCUACAGAGAUGCCGCUAUAACUCAGCAGGUGUUUCUUAAAUGCCAUUUUGAUUACAAUCCUGACCAUGACAACCUUAUUCCUUGCAAAGAGGCAGGACUUAAAUUUUCAAGAGGUGAAAUCCUGCAGAUUGUGAAUAGAGAGGACUCCAAUUGGUGGCAGGCAUGCCAUGUAAAAGAAGGCGGCAGUGCAGGAUUAAUUCCGAGCCAGUUUCUAGAAGAAAAGAGGAAAGCAUUUGUGAGAAGAGACUGGGAAAAUUCAGGACCCUUUUGUGGAACAAUAACUGGCAAAAAGAAGAAAAAGAUGAUGUAUCUAACAACACGAAAUGCAGAAUUCGAUCGACACGAAAUCCAGAUCUAUGAGGAAGUAGCCAAAAUGCCUCCAUUUCAGAGGAAGACAUUAGUUUUAAUAGGAGCACAGGGAGUGGGUCGAAGAAGCUUGAAAAACAGACUUAUUGUAUUGAACCCCACAAGGUUUGGAACAACAGUACCAUUUACUUCAAGAAAGCCAAGGGAAGAUGAAAAGGAUGGACAUGCAUACAGAUUUGUGUCGCGAACUGAAAUGGAAGCUGAUGUCAAAGCUGGCAGAUAUUUGGAACAUGGAGAAUAUGAGGGAAACCUUUACGGUACAAAGAUUGACUCUAUUCAUGAAGUUGUUCAGACUGGAAGGACGUGCAUACUGGAUGUAAACCCUCAGGCACUGAAGCUUCUAAGGACGUCAGAAUUUAUGCCGUAUGUAGUAUUCAUUGCUGCUCCAGAGUUAGAAACACUAAGGGCUAUGCACAAAGCUGUCGUCGAUGCUGGAAUUACAACUAAGCUUCUGACAGACACCGAUUUGAAAAAGACUGUUGAUGAAAGUGCUCGAAUUCAAAGAGCGUACAGUCACUAUUUUGAUCUGACGAUUGUAAAUGAUAAUCUAGAUAAAGCCUUUGAAAAACUACAGACUGCGGUUGAGAAACUCAGUGUGGAAUCACAGUGGGUCCCAGUUAGUUGGGUUUACUGACAGAUCACUUGAAAAUUUCACGUCCUACUUAAUAGCAACUAUAAAAACAGACAUUGUUUUACAAAGACUGCUUGCAGACGAGAGCUGAAUCCACAGCAUUCACUGCUUUUGUAUUUCUGUAAGUAGAGUCAUAAGGUACUACACUAAUUAUUAUGACCUUUUGUAUUAAAAUAUAUACAGGAAAGUGUACUUAAAUGUAAUUUAUUUUAAUUUUUCUAACUUUUUACAAACAAUAUUUCUAUUCAUGUCACAUGAAGGUGUUACACUGAUACAAAUAUUAAGUAAUACUUAAUGCUUGGUUGGUAACUUUAUUUUUUCAUGUGAAAUUUUUCUGUGCGCAAUUUAUAACAUUUACAGUACAUUCUGACUUAACUUUUCAUUGCAAGAAAGGAUACUUGAAAUGUUUAAUUUUUUAAUUACGAUACUGUGUAUAAUGUCAAACUGAAGUUUCACUUGUUUGCAUCAAAGCAAAAGAAAAAAAAAUAAUUGUGCACACGAUUGUAAAGCUGGUCUUCGGUAAUAUGAAACAUCAUUGGAACCCAAGACUGCCAUCAGUAUUUCAUUGACUGUCUGUUGUCGUUUUGGUUAACAAAAGUGUUCUGAGCUACUGCAGAGCUGUUUUGACCGUCAUCAUUUUCAAGAGAACCAGUAAAAGAUCUGCUGUUUUAGCUGCUUUAUAUUUGUUUUAUGCCAUAUUUAGAUAAUACAUGGAGUGAAAUGUAAGAAAAAAGAACCACCCUGAAAAGAUUUAUUUUUUGCUCUGCCCAAUGAGUAUACUUGGAUAAAAAUUAAUAUUUUACGAUAUAAACUAUUUCAGUGUUUGUAUGUUAAGCCAUUUGUGAUUUUAGUUUUUGCAACAUGUAUUUUUUAAUAUGAGACUGUGAGUGUAAUGGUGUUGAAUUUAUUUAAUUGUGAUAUAUAUAUAUAUAUAUAUUUUGUUGCUGUGUGAGUAGUUAAGUCAGCACUUGCAUCCUUCAUUGAACAAGCUGCAUAUUGUCUAAUUGGCAAUCUGACAUAUUACCGGUGUCACUUAUAUUUUUCUCUUUGUACAAGUGUGCAUUUUUGUGUAGUAAAAAUAGGUUGUUUGUGUCACGGUAAAUGUACUUGUUUACAAUUUUUCAGAGUAGUUUAAGUGAUCCGCUGUAGAAAAUAGUGAACAUAUGAAACUAGUGGGAAUAUCUCAAAGGCUCUUUAGUCAGAAUGACAGAUAUCCAGUGAAAAUGAGACUGUUUAAAGUCAUAGUGAAUACAGAUAAACUGGGUCAGAUGUUGUGCUAAAAGAGAAAAACACAAGUGAUUAUAUAGAUAAUUAAUGAUUAACAGUUUUGGCCUGGUAAAUGGUGGGUUUUUCCACCUGCUUAGUGAGAAGUUCAACAUAAAUGGCAGAAAUUCUGAGCAGCACUUAAUGCUUAACUACUCACUUCCUUGUUCAGUGGUAGAUCCUUUCUUCUUAUUGGUAACUGUAGUAUAGGAACCAGAGAAAUGAAUUUUAAAAAUAUUUAUUUAUUAUGUUGUGUCACCAAAGAGCUCUAAACCUCGAACCCAAUGCCAUGCAAUGGCUAUGUUUGUGCCACAUGUAGAAUUCUCUUUGGUUGGAGAUUGUUCUGAAACUGAAACAGCUGGCAGUCAGCAGAUCAAACAACGAAAGCCAACUUUCAAGUAACAGACCGCUUUAAUGAGUUUGUUUAAGCUGCUGUGCGUGCUGUUGAAUGAGCCAAAAACUGGAGCCAAAUGUGGCACAAAGAUGGUUUUGAGAUGCCACUAUUUACACAUACUAUAUUUCAAGAAUUGGACUGCAGAUGCAUGGUAUCCUUAAGGCCUGUUUCACAUUUAAGCAGCACUUUUGCAAUUCUCAUUGAUGCCUUUACUGAUUGCUGACAAAUUACAUAUCAUUGGUAGCACUUACCAAUAGUACAGUAUUUGAGUGUGUUACAGCUAUAGUAUACAGAGAAUGCUGGUGCACUCAGAGAGGUAACCAGCUGUGUUUAACUUAUCAGUAUUUAUAACUAGUUUGCCAAAGGAAGGGGGCUACUUAGUUUACCAAGACUGGAGAGUAGAAGAGGCCUAGUAAGGUCAUCUCUACAGGCAAUCCCAGAGUAACAGAGUCAAAGUUUUAGUUUAAGGGCCUCUGACAGUAUUGGAACAAUUUUAAAUAAUUCUGUUAUGCUGGUGCAGCUCAGUUUGUAUUUCAUAUUUUUAAUUUUUUCUGGAACUGUUAUUUUAUUUUGACUGACAUUCAUAUAGUUAUGUUGCUUGUCUGCACCUUACAUCUGUUUGACAUGAAAGUUUAUUGUGGGUAUAAUUAUAAUGUAGUGCACGGAGCACCCCAAUUACACUCAAACAAAAAAAAAAAAUCUGACAAAUUGCAUCAUGGUUCAGCACUGCUGUAGCACAAGACCCAACCUUAACAACACUUAGAGUAGUGCUUAAUGAUUGUUAUGCAUCCCUACAUGUUGUUAAGGUUGGGCCUGCACUAAAAAAUAACGCUGAACAGUAAAUAACAGCAGGUAGAAACAGUUUAAUUUCAACUCCCGUUUUUACCUUCUGCCUGCCAGUCUGCACAGGGCAUUUUGAAUUAAACAUCUUCCCUUACAUAGGGAAAACAUAAGGAUGUCAACCACUACCCCCACUGCUUUACUGACACAAUACAUUGUUUUUUUAUUUUGAUUUCGUUUUUUUGUUUAACCAUACUUUUGACUAAUUUGUAGUACAUCGAGAUGCUAAAUCUCCACACAGUACAAAGAAUUCUGAUUAGAUCUCCGAUCAUAACUACGUGUGUUUUUGACAUGCAUGCUGAGAAAUUAGCUUUGCUGUCAAGGUAAAUUUCUUGACAGACAUGUCUCGAGCACAAUAAGUGGGAUACAAUUGGCAGCCCGACCAUAAUCCUCUAUGGGACUGAAUUUGGUGGCAUGUAAAGAUGUGCACAGAACUGAUGAGCUUUUUUUGAUGAUCUCAUCUCAGUAUAGAAAUGAUUACUAAUAAUGAAACAAAGAAUAAAAUGUUACCUUUAAAAAAAAUGUUUCAAUUGCUUUAUUUUUAGUAUUGUAUCAGUAGUAGUAGUAGUAUCAUGUCUGUUUUGACAUUUGCCUUCAUAGUUUAGUCUUAAUUAUAGCCCUUGGCAAAGGGAUAGUCAUUUGUCUCUAGCUUUUCCUUAGCAGUAGAUCCCUUCAUGAAUGAUCUUGCCAGAAUAGCAGUUCUAACAUGGCAGAGGGCUGACUGUCCCCCUCCAGCUAGGAGCUAUCCAGGUCUCUCUGACACUAACCAAGCCAGCAGUCCUUGUUGGAGUUACUUUACUUACUGCUUUUCUUUCUGAGAAUUUACAGCUGUAUGUUGUUUGGAUAUCAUUUUGUAUUUUACCUAGUACGUAUAAAAUAUAGACACAUCACAACUGUCUUACUUUAGCAGGGAAUCUGUGUUUAAAGUCAGCUGAGAAACGAACAUGUAUGUAGGAUUUGAAGUGUUUUGUUCUGUUCAUCUCAAGACUUGAAGGCUUGUCAUACUCUUGUGUUGCUUGUCAGCAAGGAAAAAUUAAUGUUGCUUCGUACGCUUAGUGAUGGCAGUUUCUUUUUGUCUGCACGGCAAUGUGAAUUGGAAGUUCUGUUUGUUUUUAUGUUUGAGUAUUUGUUAGUGCUUGAUAUGUAUAUAUUGCUUUCUUUUUUUUUUUUACUCAUGCGUGUUGACAGUUUUCUGUGCUUAAAUUGAACUCAACUUUGUAGUGAAUCUGAGAUGUGUGGUGUUUUUGCGGCUUCUGACACUUGGUCUAAGCUAGACAUCACGUCUUCUCCCACUUGUGAGGUUCAUUUAUGUAUGCGAUAUUUCAGCUGUGUCAGAAGUAAGUAAAGUUAAAUUCUUGAAAGUGUCUUAAUUUCUGUCCUUAUGGAAUCCCUUAACGCGUGGAAGUUAGGCUGGGUGCUUGGGAUUUUCUAAGAGACUUUUUGUGAAGUAACUGCAUACAGAAUAAUACUCCAGUUAUAAACGAUCUCUCCCGUUCAAUUCUUGGCGUGGCUUGGGAGUGCCUUCUGUGUGGAGUCUGCAUGUCC